UAUUUAUCGUUAUCGUCAUCGACGUCACAUGGAAUUUCGGCAGUCACCCUCACACAUUUUUUGUUACAAACUAUUAGUAAAUUAAGUGGAAGUAUUUAAUAUUAAGCAAAAUCAACUGUUUUGAAAUAAUCAUAAUUCGAAUAUAUCAUCGUUGAGAAAAACAUUAAAAAUGGAUAAAAACAGCGCAGCGUUGUAUAAAAAAAUGCAAACCGAGGUUGAGUCAUAUCAGACCCUGCAAAAAUCCUGUGUUAAGAUGGUCAAACAACGUGCCCUGCUAGAGAGUCAACUGAAUGAGAAUAAAUGUGUCCUGGAUGAACUGAAUCUACUUGGACCAGAUAAUAAAGUCUUUAAACUUUUUGGUCCUGUUCUGGUCAAACAGGAGCUAGAGGAUUCGCGCCAGAAUGUUGGCAAGCGCAUUGAAUAUAUAUCCAAAGAACUGAAAAGCUCCAGUGAUACACUAGAGAAUAUGGAAAAGGAUAUGCUGAAACAUCGAGAGGCAGUUGCCAAAUAUCAACAGCAAUGGCAAGUGGCGGCAGCUAUGAAGUAGAGUAGUCUUAACAACCUCCCCCUCCCCGCACCCCCAUUGAAAUCGCAACAAAAUUUAAGUUAUAAUUUAUUUUUGGAAUUCUACAACACAUUAACAACAACAACGAUAACAACAACAACACAACCAAAUACGAAAAGCAUUUAAUUAUCGUAUUCGUUUUGCUUCAUUUUGUUUCAAGUUAUGUAGAUUUAUUAAGUUGAAAUAUGUAUUUUUCUUUGGAGAUUUUAUGUUAAUUGCAAUCACACAAUAUAAAAAAAAAAAAUAUUUUAAUAAUCAAAAUAAUCUCUCUAGGGUCAAUAUGAAGUGAAUGUAAGAAAGAAUAUUUGAGUGCCUGCUGCAAUUUGAUCAAAUAAAUGAGUAACAAUAUGAGUAAUUUACGAAAUUUGACGAAA